AUUCAGCAACUUGACAUCGACGUAAUCUCAUCCCAUACCUGUGCAUAGUCUAAAAGGUGUAUUCUUCACAUGCUACGUACCAACGCUUAUAAACAUUGAGGGAGUAAAUUGACCUAUAUCUAGGAAAUAGUGGAUAGGGAGAAGGCACGUCUUCUCUAAAACUUUUUAAAGCGAUAGUUAUUUGCAAUUCCUUGUCAACUAACUGUUUUGAUUCAAUUUGUUACUUUUGUUUCAAUAGGGGUUUAUUCAUUAAUUAUAAAAUUAUUUCUGCAAGAAGGAACAGACGGUUAAUUUGCUUUGUCUUUUAUAUGUUUAGGGAAUACUGACAUACUAUAUUUGCUGGUUUUUAUACGAGAUGGCUAGCUUUCAUUUGUUAUUUUCUUAUGCUACUAUCGUCCUUGCAAUUAUAGCGGGAAUCACCUAUGCAACUAGAAGUAUUUGGGGACCACGUUUGCGUCAAUUCCGAUACUUUCCUGUGCAUGAUUCGUUUGAAUCCGAUAUUCAGAAUGGAUUGACCUCCAAUUCUUUUGAUCUUAUCCAGAAUGUGCUUGCACAAGACCCUCGAGCUGGUCUCGAUGAGGCAGCUUCUAUGGAAAUUAAGGGCAUAAUGAAAAAACAACAAUGCUCCUUCGAUCAAGCUCGCCUCAUUUACCUUCGAGAUACGAUGAGUAAAAAUAACAUUGAUCCUUCAGGCCUUCCCAUGGAUAGUAAGGCUGUAACUAAGCUUUGAAGCAUUAUCUUCAUUUUAGAAGCUUACGAAUGUCGUAACAUGAUUGACUGCAUUUAAGCCAAAAUGGAUCAUUAUUUAUAACGUGGAAUGCUGAUUUCUUUGUCUAUAUGCUCUUUUUUUUUAAAACAAAAAUAACGACUUGCUAUCAUAUCCUAUGUCUUCUCUGUUUAGAAAGGCCUUUUCGUUUUGUGUCUGCUGAUUCUCUUGCAAUAUCUGAAAUAACCCAAGAAACCAUAUCCGGCAUGAUAAUCGACUUUAGAGCUAUAAUCAAGAGCGAUAACUAUUGCUAUUUUUUCCAUAAUGAGAAUCUGUUGAUUACAAUUUUAUCUUUAGCUUUGCCUUUUUUAGACUUGUUUCGUUCUGGCUUUGUUUACUAAUGCGCUGUUUUUCAAAGGCUCGUUAUGAAAACUGCGCAAUGCUUAUUGUCCCCUAUUGCCAAAUACGAUGUUCUAGUGUAUCGCAGUUUUCCAAACGUAGUAGAGUUUACAAUGUUUAUGCUCUUCAUCA